UUUUUUUUUGUUUUAGAAUCACAUCAAUGGACGAAAAGGGCAAUCGCGUUGUUGUUUGCGACAACGGCACUGGUUUUGUCAAGUGCGGCUUUGCUGGCACCAACUUCCCCACUGCCAUCUUCCCGUCGCUCGUCGGUCGCCCGAUCCUCCGCUCGGAUGAGAAGGUUGGCGACGUCGUCGUCAAGGAUCUGAUGGUCGGUGAUGAGGCUGCCGCUGUGCGCGCCAUGCUCGACAUCAAGUACCCGAUGGACAACGGCAUUGUUCGCUCGUGGGAGGACAUGGAGCACGUCUGGAACUACACCUUCCAGGAGCGCCUCAAGAUUGACCCCAAGAACUGCAAGGUCCUGCUGACCGAGCCCCCGAUGAACCCCAAGAAGAACCGCGAGAAGAUGCUCGAGACCAUGUUUGAAAAGUACAACUUUGCCGGCGUCUACGUUGCCAUCCAGGCCGUGCUCGUUCUGUACGCCCAGGGUCUCCUCACUGGUGUGGUCGUCGAUGCUGGUGAUGGUGUUACACACAUUGUGCCCGUUUUCGACGGCUUUGCACUGCCCCACCUGACCCGCCGUCUUGACAUUGCUGGUCGCGACAUUACCCGCUACCUCAUCAAGCUGCUCCUCCUCCGCGGCUACGCCUUCAACCACUCGGCUGACUUUGAGACUGUCCGCCAGCUCAAGGAGAAGGUCUGCUACUCGGCCUACGACAUUGAGUCUGAGACCAAGCUUGCUCGCCAGACCACCGUCCUCGUCGAAAAGUACACUCUCCCCGACGGCCGCGUCAUCUCGGUCGGCCAGGAGCGUUUCGAGGCGCCCGAGGCUCUCUUCCAGCCCCACCUCAUCAACGUCGACGCCCCCGGUGUCGCAGAGAUGCUCUUCAACACCAUCAACGCUGCCGACAUUGACACCCGCCCAGAGUUCUACAAGCACAUUGUCCUCUCUGGUGGCUCCACCAUGUACCCCGGUCUGCCCAGCCGACUUGAGCGUGAGAUCAAGCAGCUCUACCUCGAGCGCAUCCUCAAGGGCGACACCUCCAAGCUCUCCAAGUUCAAGAUUCGCAUUGAGGAUCCUCCUCGCCGCAAGCACAUGGUUUACCUCGGCGGUGCCGUCCUUGCUGAUAUCAUGAAGAACAAGGAGUCGUUCUGGAUUUCCCGAGAGGAGUGGAAGGCACAAGGCCCUCGAUGCCUCGAGAAGCUCGGCAUCCAAGCCUAAAGCGCUCUCGUGCUCUUGGACCCCCUUUCCCCAAACACAUUCUUCUAGCUAAUCGUUUUCUCCACCACCCUGUCUCUCGUCGUGUUGAUCACGAGAGUCGACGCAAAUCGCUUUUUUUUUUCUUCCUGUCCUUUUGGGAACACUUUUUCUGUCUUCCUUUCGUGUUUUGCGCACUUUUUUGUUGCUUAACAUCGCUAUCCUCCUCCUCCUCCUCCUGUCCCGUCAUUGUUUUCCCCAUCCUUCUUUUUUUCUUCUUGUCGCGUGUCCCGUUGCAAUGAACUCCUUGGUUCCUUUCUUCGGCCUCUUAUGUUGUAGACCUCAUCAACUUGCUCGUUUGAUUCCUUUUGGUUGCUGUUGUUUCGGUGCGCACCGCGGUUGUAGUAAUUUUUGUCUUUGUGUGUGAUACUUUUGAGAUCCGCUUUUGUCUGGAAGUCAAAAUAAACAAAAAAAAUAAUGAAACCAAAAAAACAAA